AUCGUGCGAACACGACACCUACGUUCAAGGAUUGCCUUAGAACGAUGAAAAGUAAAAUGAAGAAGCCCCUUAAUCUCUCUCAUUUGCAUUCCCUCAAUCCAGUUUCAGUUCGAGGGAAAGAGGGAGAGAGGUUUCUUUUCCGUUCCUCUUUCUCCCUCCAUCUCCCUCGUUUUUCUUUGUUAAUUCCUUGAUUGAUAUGAGGACGCUGUGCCCAAAUUUCGAUAGGGAAGAUGGGCUUGACACCGUCUUGGAGGUGCCUGUUCCGGAAGAGAUGUUUACAAGCAUGGGCAGCAAUGGGGCUUCCAGAUGGGCGAACAUGCGUGCAUUGAUGAGAGCUCAAUCUGCAGAUAAAUCAUCCCAUCUCCAAGCUAAAUCUAACGAUGAGUUUAUUGCAUUGCUCAAGCUUGUUGGCUCUCCUCUUAUUCCUUUUCAAGUCCACCCGGAUCAGCCUGUCACUCGCUCUAUCAGAGAUCGUUCCAUUGAAGCAUCUACUGCGAAAUAUAUAGUGCAGCAAUAUGUAGCAGCAACAGGAGGACCGGCGGCUCUGAAUUCAGUGACUAGUAUGUAUGCAGUAGGGCAGGUUAAGAUGGCAGGGUCAGAAAUGCACCAGGGUGAUGAUAGCGUGCAAACAAGAGGCAAUUCUGAGGUUGGUGGGUUUGUGCUUUGGCAAAAAAACCCUGACCUUUGGUACUUAGAACUAGUUGUUUCCGGUUAUAAGGUUAGUGCAGGUAGUGAUGGCAAGGUUGCGUGGAACCAGUCCUCUUCUCAACCUUGUCAUGCCAAUAGAGGCCCACCACGUCCCUUGAGACGUUUCUUCCAGGGAUUGGAUCCCAGGUGCACGGCCAACUUGUUCUUAGAAGCAGUAUGCAUUGGAGAGAAGAAUGUAAAUAAUGAAGACUGUUUUGUGCUCAAACUCGAGACUGAUGCAAACGUCCUGAAAAGUCAAUCUUCUCCCAACACUGAAAUCCUUCACCAUACGGUAUGGGGCUACUUCAGCCAAAGGACAGGACUGCUUGUCAAAUUUGAAGAUACAAAGCUGGUGAAGAUGAAACCUAUCCGGGGGAAUGAUAGUGUCUACUGGGAAACAAGUAUGGAAUCAUUGGUUGGGGAUUAUAGAUAUAUUGAAGGCAUCAAUAUAGCACAUAGUGGAAAGACCACUGCAACAUUAUAUAGGUAUGGAGAGUCCCAUAAUCACAAGAGGAAGAUUGAAGAAUCAUGGAGAAUUGAAGAAGUUGAUUUUAAUAUUUGUGGGUUGUCAAUGGAUUGCUUUCUACCUCCUUCUGAUCUCAAGAGAGAGCAAGAAGGUGGAGAGCAAUGACUGAGCUAUUUCUGUUCUUUUUUAUUUUUUUCCUUUUUUAGUUUUUUAUGUUAGAGGGAGAAAUGAUACCUCAGGAUAUUUCCCUGUACAUAUAGAACAUAUAGAUAAACCUGAUUGAAUAUUUUUUUUCUUCAAAGGCUAUGGUUAUUGGAUGUUUCUGGUAAGAAU